ACAGGUCACCCCACAGUGGUGCGAACCAACAUGUUGAUUCGCAGCAUGGGACCUUUUUCAGAACUUGACAUGGACUACUCCAUGGAUUGCUACUUUCGCCAAUUAUGGCGCGACUCACGCCUAAGUUUUUCGGGCCCUAUUAAAAAUUUGAGUCUCAGCAUCAAAAUGCUGGAAAGAAUAUGGCGGCCAGACACAUACUUCUACAAUGGAAAGAACUCCUAUGUGCACACAAUCACUGUGCCUAAUAAAUUGCUUCGCAUCACUCAAGAUGGAGACAUUCUCUACUCAAUGAGGUUGACAAUUAAAGCAAAAUGCCCAAUGGAACUGCGAAAGUUCCCAAUGGACAGUCAGUCAUGCCCUUUAAUAUUUGGAAGCUAUGCUUAUACAUCACAAGAACUUGUAUACCAAUGGACUGAUGGUAAAAGUGUUGACUUUGUUUCUGGAAUGGCUUUGUCUCAAUUUGAUUUGAUGGGUUCUCCAAAACGCAAUAUUACAUUCAGACGCAGAGAAGGUGAAUUUUCUGUCCUUCAAGUCAAUUUCAACCUUCAAAGACACACAGGUUACUUUUUAAUUCAAGUUUAUGUUCCCUGUAUUCUAAUUGUGGUCCUGUCAUGGGUCUCCUUUUGGAUUCAUCGAGAAGCCACAAGUGACCGUGUAGGACUAGGAAUUACAACAGUGUUGACACUCUCUACCAUUAGUUUGGACAGCCGUACUGAUUUGCCAAAAGUGCGUUAUGCCACAGCUCUUGAUUGGUUCCUUCUCAUGAGCUUUUUCUAUUGCAUUGCCACUCUGUUAGAAUUCGCUGCAGUGCACUACUUCACUAAGGUUGGAAGCGGGGAAAUCCCCAUAGAGGAAGAUGAGUGGGAAGAAUCCGAACCACCAAUCGAAGAAGAGCUGAUUGAGUCGAACAGCAGCCCUUCCGCGAGAGGAGGCCGCAGGCGGAGCUCGCUUAUUUGCCCUAUUUAUAAUGACCCCAUCAGUUACGGCCUGUCGCGCCCGUCGCCGCCCGCCCACCCCCGCGCGCGUGUCACGCGCCACACGCAGACCGAGCGACACGUGCCCAAGGGCCGCCAGCUGCUGUACUGCCUGAUGGGCGACGACGAGUACCGCCGCCAGAGGCAGCGGGCGGCAGCCCACGCGGCCAGAGCCAGCCGCUACGUCAACAGCGUGUCGCACAUCGACCGCGCCGCCCGCAUCUUUUUCCCGGCUUCCUUUGGUCUGCUCAACGUUCUCUAUUGGCUGGCUUAUUACAAGUACCAAGAAGAUUUCAGAUGGAAAGACCCCAUUAAUUCGCUCAAAUCAUGAUUUAUCAUGAAAUAUGAAUCAUGUACGAGUAGUACUUGAAUCAGAGUGUAGAGGAUGUUUUAGAAUUCCUAUGAGGGACUUCUAGAACGUGUGCAGGUUUUAAUUAAUCACAUUUUAAUGAGGGUUCGGUGUCUGAUGAAACAUAAUUUCAAUCAAAACACCUGUUCUCAUGUAUCUAGAAAUGAUACAUUGUCUUGAUCUUCAAAAUUUAUAUAACAUUAUUAUUUAAACAUUAGCUUGCGAUAAUAUACAUCCA